CACGUGGACUGUCCAAGCUUCUUCUUCUCCUCCUUCUCCCUUUAUUUUAUUUUAUGUACAAUUAUGUACAAUAGUACCUAGGUAGGUUCUUAGGUUUGCUAUGGAAGGUUCUUCGUCGGUUCCUUCCUCCGCUCCGCCUCCGUGCACGCUCGCGUACGGGCACCACAAGACAGCAUGUCCAGCAAGCAGCAGGCGCAGCACCGAGCCUGCCCAAGGGAAAGCGACCGCUCCCGCCCUCCGCCCAACCGUCUCGCUGGCACAACCAACAGCGGCCCGCCUCUCUUGCCAGCUCGUCGUCGUCGUCGCCGUCGUGUGGGUAGUGGGUGUGGCGCGCGCGCGCCAAAAAUAGAUUAACUAUCCACCAGCGCUAGCGACUCGCC